AUGGGCCGCAGAAGAGCGCCCGAUGCCGGGACUCUCGGCCGGGCCCUUAUUCGCCAGAAGACUCAGCGGAGCCGUAACCACCGUCACGCCGAUUCCUGGUUGCACACAAGUGAGCUCAAUGAUGGCUACGAUUGGGGUCGUCUUAAUCUUCAGUCAGUAACUGAACAGAGUUCCCUCGAUGACUUCCUUGCAACUGCAGAACUUGCAGGGACAGAGUUCGUAGCUGAGAAGCUGAAUAUUAAGUUUGUGCAUCCAGAGGCUAGAACUGGACUGCUGUCUUUUGAGGAGAGCCAGAGAAUUAAGAAACUCCAUGAAAAAAACAAACAAUUCCUGAGUGUACCACGGAGACCAAAGUGGGACAAAAACACUAGUCCUGAAGAACUCAAACAGGCAGAGAAAGAUAACUUUCUAGAAUGGAGACAUCAGCUUGUCCGGCUAGAAGAGGAACAAAAGUUACUGUUGACUCCAUUUGAAAGAAAUUUGGACUUUUGGCGCCAGCUGUGGAGGGUGAUUGAGAGAAGUGAUAUCGUGGUCCAAAUAGUAGAUGCUCGAAACCCACUCCUGUUUAGAUGUGAGGACUUGGAAUGUUACGUGAAAGAAAUAGAUGACAGUAAGGAAAAUGUCAUUCUGAUAAAUAAGGCAGACUUGCUGACUGCUGAGCAGCGGAGUGCCUGGGCCACAUACUUUGAAAAAGAAAAUGUGAAGAUUAUCUUCUGGUCGGCUUUGGCUGAAGCCAUUCAACUGAUUGGUGACUCUGAGGAACAUGUGAACGAGGGUGCUGGAGAAGCCAACACAACCGAGUCUGAAAACUCCAGUUGUGAUGAGGCUGAAAAUCCUCACAGUGAGACCGAACACCUCCUGGAUGGGGAAUCCCCGCCACUUGGUGAAGUUGCCAGUAGCGAUGAAGACAACAGUGAGUACGAGGACUGUCAGGAGGAGGAGGAGGAAGUUUGGCAGACGUGUUCGGAAGAGGACAGCAACCCUGACGAAGAGCCCUGUGGCUGGGACAGGAAGGAAAGCUGUACUGUGGAUUCUGAGGCUCAGGGCAGGAACACCCUGGAGAAGAGGCACACACGCAAUUUCAGCCACCUGGUAUCAAGGCAGGAGUUAUUGGAGAUCUUUAAGCAGCUACACACUGGGAAGAAAGUGAAAGACGGACAGCUUACCGUUGGACUGGUGGGCUACCCGAAUGUUGGUAAGAGUUCCACAAUCAACACCAUCAUGGGCAACAAGAAAGUGUCUGUGUCUGCCACACCUGGUCACACCAAGCAUUUUCAGACUCUCUAUGUGGAACCUGGCCUCUGCUUAUGUGACUGCCCGGGCCUGGUGAUGCCAUCCUUCGUCUCUACCAAGGCAGAAAUGACUUGCAAUGGAAUCCUCCCUAUUGACCAAAUGAGAGACCACGUUCCCCCUGUGUCACUUGUUUGCCAGAAUAUUCCGAGAUAUGUUUUAGAAGCUACCUAUGGCAUUAAUAUCAUAAAGCCUAGAGAGGAUGAAGAUCCCCAUCGACCUCCAACAUCAGAAGAACUGUUGACAGCUUACGGAUAUAUGCGAGGAUUCAUGACUGCGCACGGGCAGCCAGACCAGCCUCGGUCUGCUCGCUAUAUCCUGAAGGACUACGUCAGUGGUAAACUUCUGUACUGUCAUCCUCCUCCUGGAAGAGACCCUGUGACCUUUCAGCAUCAACACCAGCGACUCCUAGAGAACAAAACGAAUGGUGGUGAACUAAAAAUACAUCCAGGCGGAAAUAAAAAAGCAAAACAGAUUGAAAAUGUAGUUGACAAAAGUUUUUUCCAUCAAGAAAACGUGAGAGCUUUGACCAAAGGAGUCCAGGCUGUGAUGGGCUACAAGCCAGGGAGUGGCCUGGUGACUACAGCUGCUGUGAGCUCUGAGAGCAGGGCUGGGAAGGCCUGGAAAAAACAUGGCAACAGAAAUAAAAAAGAGAAAACUCGUAGACUCUAUAAGCACCUAGAUACGUGA